AUGAUGAAGACGAAAAACAGAGAGUUUCGAAAAAGGAAGAAGAAGAGAAACACAAUAGAUCUUCCAGAGGAUUUGGUAGUGGAGAUACUCUCUAGGGUUCCGGAGGCUUCUCUAGCACGGUUCCGAUCUAUAUCCAAAGGAUGGAACGCUCUGAUAAAAAAAGUAGUGAUACUUACGAAGAAGUCUCUGAUUCUCAUGUUGAUUGAUUUUAGGGUUUAUUCAGCGAGCGUUGAUCUCAAUGGAAUUCAGAAAAACGUUGUAAAGCUAACAAGUCAAUUCAGCCUCAAAGACCCUCUUUGUAAUCCUUCGAAAGAAGUCGACAUACGCACCGUCUAUCACUCCGACGGUUUAUUGCUAUGCACCACCAAGGACAAUAGACUUGUUGCUUGGAACCCACGUUCAGGUGAAACCAGUUGGGUCGAACCUAGAAUUCCACACGAGAAAAUCGGUAUUUACGCUCUCGGUAAAUCCUCGUGCAACAAGUACAAAAUCUUGAGGAUAAAUCAAAUCAGUAAUAGGGACAAAGGCCUAGUUGAGUACGAAGUCUAUGACUUUAACUCAAAGUCGUGGAGGGUUACUGUUGGUGAUGAGACUAGAGACUGGUCCAUUAUAGGGUUAAGGCCUUGUGGCAUGUCUGUGAAUGGAAAUACUUAUUGGCUUGCUGAUGGUACAGGUGGGAGAUUCAUAGUAAGUUUUGAAUUUUCAACCGAGAGAUUGGGACGUGUGUCUCUUCCUCCUACUUCUCAUUUUUCUUAUGAUGUUCGUGGUUUAUCGGUGACUAGAGAAGAGCAACAACUUUGUCUGCUAACUACUCAGAGCAGAGUGGUACUCGAUAUAAUAGAUCUAUGGAGGGCAACUAAGAUUGAGAGUAGCGGAGCCACGUCAUGGAGCAAGUUCUUAUCAGUGGAUUCAGCCUUUCUCAGUCAUCCUUUUCGCUUAGUUUCUGGGAUGAAUUUCUUGGCCGACCGGGAGAAAAGAGUUUUGGUGUGUCCCGGUGGAGAAGGGAACUCUAACAGCUUCUUACUCAUUAUGGGAGAGGACAAAUACAUACAAGUGGAUCAUCGUGAUGCAGGAUUUAGGUGCUCGCUUCUCCUCAAUUAUGUUCCAACUUUGGUUCAAAUCCAAUAA